UGUCUCUGCUGACUUUCUCUCUGCUGAGAUCAGAGCAGUUCAUAAGUGUAGGAGAGUCAGAGUGAGGAGCUUCUGGACCUUCUGGACCUUCAGGUAUCUGCUGGGUCUGAAGAGCGAUGCUGCCAUGUUUUCCCAGAGCUCAGUAAAUAUUCCAGCAGCGCUGAUCCUCAUUUUACUGGCAGUCCUGCAGGCGAAGGUGGAUCGUGAGACUGUAGGACAGAAAGUGGUGAAGCUGACCUGUAGCCCCCCCUGCUGGCCCAGUGGAAACUGUUACUACGACUGGUUCAGAGAUAAAGGAUGGCUCAGCAGUGGAGAAAACGUAGGAUGUUCAUAUAGCGCCUCACUCUGGUUGGACUCCACCAGAUCAUCUGAUCAGGGCAGCUACACCUGUGAGGUGAAGAACUACAGACUCCCUCGGGAAAACUGUGAGCAGCAGUGGGCUGUGAUCUACACUCCUGAACGUGUCUGUGCUCUGAAAGGAUCAUCAGUUGAUCUGUCCUGCUCUUAUAAACACCCUGAAGGACUCACAGUGACUAAAUCACUCUGGUUCAUUGAAAGUCAGUGGAAGUUUGGUGCUGAGCCUGAGGAUGUACGAGAGUCUGAUCAGUAUGAGGGGAGAGUGCAGUACAGCCGGACCCUGAACUCCUGUAGAAUGACCAUCACUGACCUGAGAGAGAGUGACGCUCACAGAUACAGCUUCAGAUUCUACACUGAUCAUCCUGACGGCAGAUACUCUGGCAGACCUGGAGUCACUCUGUCCGUCACAGGUAACUCUGGAUAA